AUGGCUCUGCGGUGCGUGGCGCUCCGUGCACUCAGCAGCCGGGGCCAUGUGCAGACAGUGCCAGUGGUAUUUGAUGACGUCGCGGUCUAUUUCUCCCGGGAGGAGUGGGACAUGUUUGCGGAGUGGCAGAAGGAGCUGUACCGGGAGGUGAUGACGGAGAACUAUGAAAUGCUGCUUUCUUUGGGUUACCCGGGCCCCAAGCCUGACCUCUUGUAUCGGCUGGAGCGUGGGGAAGAGCCGUGGGUCCACACCCCGCAGGGCCCCGUGGCGUGGGAGAGCCCCUCUCCGGGCGGCGAUGUCCUGAGUGGUUCCGGGGAGCAGCAGCGCCGGUUAUGGGCCAGCAUCCUCCAGUGCGCCGUGGCAGGGGAGAGACCCGAGAGCAUCGGCCGAGCAGAUGGCAGGGCCAGGAGCAGUUCUGAGGAGCAGCAUCCGGACGAUGGGGCUGAGACCCUGCAGCCCUACAGGGUGUUACUCUGGGGAUCAGAAGAGGGCGCUGUCCUGAGCCCUGAGCUGCAAGGGACCUCCCGGAGCUCGUGUGGGUCUCAGAGACCGGAGAGUGAGCUGGGGGCCACGCGGGGGUGUGACCGGUGCUCUAGCAACUCCCCAAAUAUGCGCUCAGGGCCUGAGACGGGAGCGGGGCCGAGCCCGUGCCCGGUGUGUGCCCCGAGAGCCAAUGGCACGGCCCCUCCCGGUGCGCAGGAGAGCAGCGUUCCCAAGAAGGAGAAACCCCACAAGUGCCCGGAGUGCGGGAAAGGCUUCCGGAGGAAGUGGGACCUGACCAAGCACCAGAGAACCCACUCGGGGGAGCGCCCCUACCCCUGCCCGGACUGCAGCAAGAGCUUCAGCCACGUCUCCAACCUCAUCAAGCACCAGCGCAUCCACACCGGGGAGCGGCCCUUCGCCUGCAACCUCUGCGGGCGCAGCUUCACCCUGAAGCAGGUGCUGGUCCGGCACCAGCGCAUCCACACGGGCGAGCGGCCCUUCGCCUGCACCGACUGCGACAAGAGCUUCAAGGACAAGCAGAAGCUGACCAUCCACCAGCGCAUCCACACGGGCGAGCGGCCCUACGUCUGUGCCGACUGCGGCAAGAGCUUCGGGCAGAGCCAGCGGCUCAAGACGCACCGGCGCAUCCACACGGGGGAGAAGCCCUACCUCUGCAGCGACUGCGGCCGGGCCUUCAGCCAGGUCUCCAAUCUGUACACGCACUGGCGCACCCACACGGGCGAGCGCCCCUACCCCUGCACCUACUGCGGCAAGAGCUUCAGCCUGAAGCACGACCUCACCAAGCACCAGCGGGUGCACACGGGCGAGCGCCCCUACCCCUGCACGGACUGCGACAAGAGCUUCAGCCAGAAGCAGGACCUCACCAAGCACCAGCGGGUGCACACGGGCGAGCGCCCCUACCCCUGUGCCCAGUGCGGCAAGAGCUUCAGCAACGUGUCCAACCUCCUUGCCCACCAACGGACCCACCUGGGGCAGCGGCUCCCAGCGGCCGGCCGGGCCCAGCCCGGCCAGGAAUGAACCAUCAUGGGGGUGCUGCUGUGAGCCGGUCCGGAAAUCGGGGUGGGUGAUGGAGCCACGUCACUUGGGCCGUGACCCACGUUCUGCUCCCCUUCCUGCCAGUGCGAAUCAGGAGCCAGUGUCAGCGGAUGUGCUAACUGAGGGAGCUGAGCGCAGGAGGGAGCAGGGCAAGGGGCUAGCCGCGGGAGCUAGAUCAAGCCACCCCAGCCGACGUGUUGUCUGGCAGCAUCUCCAGGACUGAGAUCCCAUUGGUUUCAACAGCACUUACACCAGGGUCUGAUCCCCGCCCCCGACAUCUCAAGCAAGUGUAAGUUACAGUGGAGUCGCAUCACAGGCGCAUUUAACUUAUGCGAUUUUAACUAUACGCACUCGGCAAAACAAAACAAAAGAGAGAAAUAACAAUUUAAAUACUGUACCCGUAGUGCGGGCGAUUCCGCCCGCCAUUCCACUCAAUGAGCGUUUGACUAGACGCGAUUUUCGCCUCACGCGCUGACUUCAGAACCUAACCCCCACGUAAGGUGCGACUCCCCUGUACGUUCUUGUGGCCCAGGCCCUGGAGAUUCCAACCCUGAGAUUCUAUGAUUCUGUGAUAGGAUGGGGAGGGCGGGCGCAAAGCGUUGGCCCCGCCUCGGGGCCGUCAGUAGUGGUUGGGCCUUGCCCCCAUGUGGAGACACACAAGCUGGAGGAGCCGGCAGCCCGUGAGUUCCUCACCUUCCUGUGGGGAGUGGGGUUGGGCAUCAGCCCUUAAGUGGCGGGCUCCAGCCAUGGCGCUUCAGGCUUCGUUCCCUGGCCAUGGGGUGGCCGGCGCUGGCCCCGAGCUCACCCCCGUCACCCUGGCCCCCGCUGCUUCCUCCCGUGCCCCAUCGUCAUGGCCCCCGCUGUCUCCAUGCCCACUCCCCCAUCCAGGGCUUAAUUUGUCCCCAGGCUUGCCGGGACUGAGUAAGUCUGCUGGGAAAAGUGAUAUUUGUAUGUUGUUUGUUAGCACUUCUCACAACAGACUCACUCUGUAGCAAGUCUAAAAAACAACCGAAAAAGCAAAAGAAACAACAAGAAAAAAGACAAGAACGUGCAGAGCUCCUUGUGUUUCUAUUCUGUUUAGGCCCAGUAAAGAAUAGAGACAGC